UUGACAUCUUCUUCCUCUUCACUUCUCCUUCCAAUUUUCUCCCUCCCCAAACAACCUAAAAGAUUAGGGUUAGGGUAUUGAAAAACACACCCGGAGAAACCAGAAGGGAAACCCAGAUUUUCAUGACCGAAUUCUUGUAGGAUAAGCCUAAAAAAAGCUUUAUUUUUAGUGUUUUAGAGUAUCUAGAAAAUGGGUUUGUUUUCAGCUUCAGUGGUCAAGUGGCAGCCAUUUUUCUUACUCAUCUUCUGCGUAUUAAACAGUGUCGCUUUGGGUGAUAAUUCUUCAGACAAAGCUGUUCUUCUUGAGUUUAAGAAGUCUGUCUCAGAUCCUUCAGGGCUUUUGUCCGCUUGGACCGAAACUUCCAAUCACUGUUCAUGGUUUGGUGUUACAUGUGACAAAAACUCCAAAGUUUUGUCUCUUAACAUAACUGGUUUUGGAAGAGGGAAAAAAGGUAAUUCCAACAGUACAUGUGCUUUUCUCUCGUUUUCUUGCUCUGAUUAUGAUGUAUUUCCAUUUUAUGGGUUUGGUAUUAGAAGGAAUUGUGGGGAAAGAAAUGGGAGUUUGUAUGGAAAGUUGCUGCCUUCUAUUGGAAAAUUGAGUGAACUUAGAGUUUUAUCACUUCCUUUUCAUAGAUUUAGUGGUGAAAUUCCUGCUGAAAUUUGGGAGUUUGAGAAUUUGGAAGUACUUGAUUUAGAGAACAAUUUGUUAUCUGGGUCAUUUCCUGUUAGUGUUUCUGGGGUAAAGAACUUGAGAGUUCUUAAUUUGGGGUUUAAUAACAUUACUGGAGAGAUACCGAGUUGGCUUUCGAGUUUGAAACAAAUGGAGAUGUUGAAUUUGGCUGGUAAUCUUGUGAGUGGAACCAUUCCCGGAUAUUUUGGAAGGUUUCGAGGUGUUUACUUGUCGUUUACGUCUCUCGGUGGCUUGUUGCCCGUUGAUAUUGGCCGAGGUUGUAAUCUUGAGCAUUUGGAUUUGUCUGGGAAUAACUUUAUUGGGCAGAUUCCUGCUAGUUUGGGGAACUGUAGUCAGUUGAGGACACUGUUGUUGUAUACAAAUUUGUUGGAGGAACGGAUUCCUCGUGAAAUUGGUAUGCUUCGGAAUCUUGAAGUCUUGGAUGUUUCAAGGAAUAGUUUGAGCGGCCCGAUACCUGUUGAGCUUGGAAAUUGUUCUGAAUUGACUGUGCUUGUGUUCUCAAAUAUGUUUAAUCCGUAUGAUGACCUUGCUAUGGCUAAAGGAGAUCGAAGUAUUGUAAAGGAUGAUUUUAAUUUUUAUCAAGGUGAGAUUCCUCGUGAAAUCACGAAGCUUCCAAAGCUGAGGGUAUUAUGGGCUCCAAGGGCUACACUUGAGGGAAACCUGCCGAGUGAUUGGGGUGCUUGUGAUAACUUGGAGAUGGUAAAUUUGGCUCAGAAUUUUUUUUCCGGGGAAAUUCCUGUCAGUCUUAGCCGCUGCAAGAAGCUACGCUACCUUGACUUAAGCUCAAAUAAGCGCCUUGCUGGAGAGCUUAUUGAGGAACUUGCAGUUCCUUGUAUGAGUGUGUUUGAUGUCAGUGAGAAUUCAUUGUCAGGUUCCAUACCUAGAUUCUACAACCGCGGAUGCGCUGACUUUCUCACCUCAGAUUCGUAUUCUGCUGAACCCUUCAACCCAACUUCUGCUUAUUUAUCAUUUUUGGCAAGAAAAGUUCAAGUUGGAACAUAUUUUGAGUUCUUUGGAGGAGAUGACGGUCCUAUUGUGUUUCACAACUUUAGAGAUAAUAAUUUUACUGGCAGUGUCAUGUCGAUGCCAAUCGCACCACAACGAUCCGGGAAACAGAUUUCUUAUGCAUUUUAUGCAGGAGAAAACUUGCUAAGUGGACCAUUUCCUCAGAUUUUUUUCGAGAACUGCAAUGCUUUGGGUGCACUUUUUAUUAAUGUUAGCUACAAUGAUAUGUCUGGUCAGAUUCCAGCUGAAAUGAGUAAACUUUGCAAAUCUCUCAAACUUUUGGAUGUGUCUGGGAAUCAAAUAACUGGAACCAUUCCGCCUAGCAUCGGAGAUUUGGUUUCACUUGUUUCUCUUAAUUUUAGCUGGAACCUGUUACACGGCCAGAUUCCGAACAGUUUUGGACAGAUGGAGGAUCUACGGUAUCUAUCUUUGGCUGGUAAUGAUCUGAAUGGAUCUAUUCCUUCCACCAUUGGGCAAUUGCAAUCUUUAGAAAUUCUGGAGUUGUCUUCAAAUUCUCUUUCUGGUGAAAUUCCUGAAGGCCUGGUUAAUUUGAGAAACCUGACUGUUCUUCUUCUCAAUAACAACAAACUCUUUGGGCAAAUUCCCUCUGGUUUGGCAAAUGUGACCAAGCUCUCUGCAUUCAAUGUGUCCUUCAAUAACUUGUCUGGGCCACUGCCUUCAAGUAAUAAUUUGAUGAAAUGCAGCAGUCUUCUCGGGAACCCACUUCUACAGCCUUGUCGUGCGUACUCCUUAAUGCUAUCUUCAGAUCAAGAAAGAGCAGGCAGUUCACAAAAUUAUGCUGCAUCACCAACAGGAUCUUCAACCAGAAGAAAUGGAAAUAAUGGUUUCAGUUCAAUUGAGAUAGCUUCAAUAACAUCUGCUUCAGCCAUUGUUUCGGUUCUUCUGGCUCUCAUUGUUUUAUUCAUAUAUACUCGGAAGUGGAAUUCAAGAUCCAAAAUUAUCAGCAACACGAACAAAGAAGUGACGAUUUUCACUGACAUUGGGGUCCCUUUGACGUUUGACAUUGUUGUGCGGGCCACAGGGAAUUUCAAUGCUAGCAACUGUAUUGGGAAUGGAGGUUUUGGGUCGACUUAUAAAGCAGAGAUCUCUCCUGGAAUCUUGGUGGCGAUAAAACGGCUUGCAAUUGGACGGUUGCAAGGUCUUCAACAGUUUGAUACUGAAAUAAAAAUCCUUGGGAGGUUGCGCCACCCAAAUCUUGUUACCCUUAUUGGAUAUCAUGCCAGUGAAAUGGAAACAUUCCUUGUAUAUAAUUACUUUCCAGGAGGUAACUUGGAGAAGUUUAUUCAGGAGAGGCCCACCAGAACAAUGGAUUGGAGGAUACUUCACAAGAUCGCCCUCGACAUAGCCCGUGCUCUUGCCUACCUACAUGAUCAAUGUGUCCCACGGAUUCUCCACCGUGAUGUCAAACCCAGCAAUAUCCUCUUGGAUGAUGAUUACAAUGCUUUUUUAUCAGACUUUGGUUUGGCCAGACUUUUGGGCACGUCUGAAACACAUGCUACAACUGGUGUUGCUGGAACUUUCGGGUAUGUUGCACCGGAGUAUGCAAUGACUUGUCGUGUUUCUGAUAAAGCUGAUGUGUACAGCUAUGGGGUGGUACUCCUUGAGUUGCUCUCAGAUAAGAAAGCAUUAGAUCCCUCGUUUUCUCCUUAUGGAAACGGCUUCAACAUUGUUCAAUGGUCGUGCAUGCUCUUGCGACAAGGCCAGGCCAAGGAGUUCUUCACUGCAGGGUUAUGGGAUGCAGGCCCUCAGAAUGACUUGGUCGAAAUUCUACACUUGGCCGUUGUUUGUACCGUCGAUUCGCUCUCUACUAGACCUACAAUGAAACAAGUUGUCCGACGGCUGAAGCAACUUCAACCACCAUCAUGUUAGUUACAUGAUAAAGCUUCCGUCGAUUAACAUAGUUUUUUGAGCAAGGUGAAGCUCUCGGUUAUCGUCUCCGGUCGCCAUUAGAUAGAGUUAGAAGGUGUAGUUAUUGCCAAUUUGUAAAUUGCAACGCAGCUCUUCCCCAAUUUUUCUGGUGCUAUUACUCCUAUAGGAGGUGCACUGAUUACUCUGCAAAAGACUGCAGGUAUAUGUAUAUUUUCUCUUAUCCAAGCUGUACAAUUAUAUCCGAGUUCCAUUUGUGGUCUAAUAAAAAAACAGAAUAUUUUUCAGUCU